CCCACAAGGCCCUUUUCCACUGCAAUACAUGUGAGCAACACACUCACCAGUUCUUCUUUCCCUUGUACAUUUUACUCACAGCAUUACAAUGAACAAGCCCACAAUUGUCAGACCAGAGGAAAGCCAGCCUGCACAUGCAGUGUGGUUUGAUAGGAAAAAAUAUGUCACCAUUAACUUCAAGGUACAAAAACCAAAAGAUGUCCAAGUUGAUAUUCAAACCGACAAAAUGAUUUUGUGCUGCAAGAACGACACAGAUGAUGUGUUCUACAAUGUGCUGCACUUCUAUGAGAAAGUCCUGAUCCAUGACUCCAGAGAAAGAGUGUAUGACCGCACGAUCAAUGUUUUGCUCAGGAAGCUGAAGCCGGAUUACGCGUGGCCUCGUCUUCAGAAGGAUCCAGCAAAGCCCAUUUGGAUUGCUGUUGACUUUGACAACUGGAGGGAUUGGGAGCAUGAAGAAGACGAGGGCAGGGAGGAGUUUGAAAAAUACGCAGAUAUGAUCCAAGAUAUGUCCACCAGUAAUAAGGGAGGAACACCAGACAUGGGAGAUCUGAGUGAUUCUGACUGAGACUAAAGCCCACCUCCCUCUACACCAGGUGUGUGCAAACUAUUUCAACUGAGGGCCGCACAGAUUUUUUUUUUUAGCAUGCGGGGGUCAUUUUGAUGGUUUUCAUUUUCAAAACCAUAUAUAUAGAAACACACACACAUAUAUAUAUACUUUGUUUUUUUUUUGCAAAACAGGCUUGCAGGGAUGAUUUAGCCUCUAUUUUUUCCUGGCCUAACGUAUAUUCGGCUCUAUCCCGCUAUUGAGCACUGUAUGACGGAUAAACUGCAGAAACCUCGACUAUACAUAUACUUACAUAUAUACACACACACACAUAUAGAAUAGAGUAUAGUUUUAUUGUCAUUAUUGCAGUGAACAGGUUCAAAGAACAACAAAUAGUAAAAAAUAGUAAAAAUAAAUAGUAAAUAGUAAAAAAAGAUAGAAAUAAGAGAUUUAUCUAUAUGUAUGUAGUAUAUAAAUCCACCCAGAUGCAUAUAUGCAUACAUAUGAAUAUAUAUACACACAUACAUUAUAGUCCAAAAAAAAAAAAAAAUAAAUAAAUAAAUAAAAGACAAGACACAUAAGGACAUGAUAGACAAAUUGUGCUCACUCAGUGCCUGUUUAAUGCUACUAUGGCUCUUGGGUAAAAGCUGUUUUAUAUAUAUAUAUAUAUAUAUAUAUAUAUAUAUAUAUAUAUAUAUAUAUAUAUAUAACACACAGCGUGGAUGGCAGCUUUAUGAUUUUCGUCAACAUUGCAACUUUUUGUUUUGGUCUUUAAAUUUCACCUGUUUGCUGUUUUAUUCCACUUGUUUGUGUUUUUUAAUUUAAUAGUAUUUUUAAAAUGUGCCGCGGGCUGCUGAACACGUAUAGUCUGCAAAAGCCCCCUAGGGUCAUACCUUGGACACCCCUGCUAUAUACCUGUAUUGUUCAUAUAAAUACGUCUGUACUGUUUUUUGAUAUUAAUGAAUGGUGUUCUUUUUACAAAUGUGCAUUCCCACCAAUGUGAUUUUUCUGUCAAAUGAAUAAAAACAAGUGUUCUCAA